AUGGGUGAAGUUCAGGUUCAGGCACAGAGAUAUGUGUGCAAAAUAUGCAGCAAAAUUUGCUCGAGUGGGAAAUCAUUGGGUGGCCACAUGAGGGUCCAUUUGUCUCUAAUUGCAGCUUCUAAAAAAGCAGCACAAUCGAAAGCUGAUGAUGAUAUCAACACAGAUUCUGAAGGCAGUGACGAUCAAGAACCUGAUGUUAAGCUCGAAGAUAGCCCCAAAAAUGCUUUUCCGUGUGAAGAAAGUCACAAAAACUGCAGCAACACCUCGGAUUCUGAAGAAGAUGCCGAUCGAAACACUAACUACGAGCUACGAGAGAAUCCGAAAAAAUCUUGGAGAAUUUCUGAUCCCAAACACGGCCUUAGCAGCACAGCUUCCUGCAGAGAAUGCGGCAAAGAGUUUCCCACAUCGAGAGCUCUCUCUGGCCACAUGAGGUCCCACUCGAUCAAGAACAAGAAGGGAAUUCAUCAGUGUAAGACUUGUGGCAAAGGGUUCGAUUCGAUUAGGGCCAUGUUUGGCCACAUGAAAAGUCACUCCAAGAGAUUGAGGUCUGUUUUCCUUGCUGAUGAAUUAUCCAGUGAAAGUUUGUCUGAUUUGGAGAAUUUGUGCCCGGUUCGUAAAAAACGGUCCAUGAUUAGGUACAACUAUAAGAGUAGUACAUUUACUGAUCCAAGUCCUUCGUUUUCUAAUUUGAAUGAAUCUGAAGUUGAGGAGGUUGCUGAGAUUUUGAUAAUGCUGUCAAGAGAUGUGAGGGAUUGGUCAAAGUUUGACUUUGCUGUCGAGUCCUCUGAAAACGAUGGUGAUGAAUUUGGUAAAGGUAAGAACUUUGUGUGUGAUGCUGAUAAAAAGGUGAAAAUGAGCUUGUUAAGUAGCUGUAAGGAUAAGAAUGUAUGUGGUUUUCUUGGUAUUGGUUCGGUUUUUGUUGCUGAAGAUGAAUUGAAGGUUGGUAAAACCGCAAAACAUGAAAAACUACACGAAUUUUCUGUCGAGUGGGUCUCUACCAAAUCUGAUAGAGUAAGCUUAAGCUCGCCUGUUCAAUCGGCUUAUGAAAUGAACAGUCCUGAAAACGAAGUUAGUCCUGAUGAUAUCCUGAAGGGUCCCGAGAAAGAUAGGAAAUAUCAAUGCCUGGUUUGCUUAAAAGUGUUUUCAUCGGGUCAAGCUUUGGGAGGUCACAAGAGGGCCCACUACAAAACUGGAAUCGCUACAGAAAGUUAUACUGAAACUGAAGGAACAAAUAUGCAAACUGUGAAUGAAGAAGAGGAUGAUGCUGUGGAAGAAGUUAGUGAGGAGCUGUUUGAUCUUAAUUUUCCGGUGGCUAUUGAUGAAAGCACCAAAAGGGACGUUCAGCUCGGUUUGUGGUGGGGUCACUAG